GCUGUGCGCGCUAGUAUACAGCCAGGAGUUCGGUCGCGGCACGAGUCAGUAGCACAUGAGCGCUCGUCGAGCGAGUAUCGUUCCGUCAAGCGACUCUCGCCCGGGCGAUAAUGUCACCGAGUGAUCGUCGAGCGACUACGAGAGGAUCUUGAAAAGAAAUAUAUAUUUAUUAGAGGAUACGUGAAAAAAAAAAACGGAAUACGAAAUAUCUAUAAAUAAUAAAGGAUAAACGUGUACUAUAUAAUAUAUAUAUAUAUGUAUAUGUAUAUAUACACGUGUAUUUAAUAUACAUAUAUAAACGUGCGUGCAACGAAAUUGAAAUAGAAAGAGAGAGAGAGAGAGAUAGAAGAUAUCGUCGAUAUUCCGUCGACGGUUCUUUUUUUUUGUCUUGACCAACGGAAGAAGAAGACGUCAAAAGGUACGAGAGAAGGAAGAAAAUUGUUUUGAGAGGUGGUGGAGGAGGAGGAGAAGAAGAAGAAGAAGAAUAAGUGAGAGUGAGAGGGGACAAAUAAAAGAAGCGAAUCGCCGCGUCGGACACGCGCCGCGAUUGUCGCUAAAAGCGUGUUUUCUUCCGCAAAGGGGCGCGCGCGGGCGCACAACAUCAUCCGCCGCCGCAUUCACGAAAGGAAAGAAGAAAAGCGGACGUCGGACGAUUUUUUUGUUGGCCGAAUCGAUUGAAAAGGAAGAAAAAGAACUUGGAGAAAGAUCCGAAAGAAAUAAAGAAGAUAGAAAAGAUCUUCUCGCGUAGAGAACGAGUCACGAUCAUCUCUGUUGGUGCUCUGCUGGAAGUGAAUUUUUUCGCGAACGUUUAGAAAAAAGUAAAAUAAAAAAAAAGAAGAAGAAGAAGAGAAAAGAAAAAGAAAAGGAUUGAGUUAGAACGAAGGAGAGAUUUCGAUCCUCGUUUUUUUCUUCUCCUGUUUUUCUUUUCCCAUCGCGACGUUUCACUUCUCACGUUUUACGUAAAGGGGAAAAAAAAGAGAGACCGAAAGAGAAGUAAUAAGAAUAAAAAAAAAGGACUUGAUAUUAUUAAUUAAUACAAUUAUUACACUUGUAUACUUUCGUUUGUAUGAAAAAAGAUUCCCGAAGUGUGUUUUCUAAACGAUAUAACAGAUAAAUAUAGAAUAUAUACAUAUAACAUACGUACUUUAUAUAUAUAUUAUUACUAUCAAUUGUCGAGUCACCAAGAGGAGAUACGCGCGAUAGUUUGCCAGCUGGUAGUGUGGUGAUAGCGAUCGUCGAUUUAUUAAUUUUGCUUAAGGAAAAGUGGAAAAAUAAAGUGAGAGAGAGAGAGAGAGAGAGAGAUAGAAAGAGACUAGCUAAAGAGCGAGCGAGCAAAAGGCUUGCUACGACGUGUGUUAAAAAAUAUAUAUAAAUUAAAAAAAAAAUAAUAAAUAAAUAAAAAUAACAAAAAAAUAAAAGAACGGCCCAAGAAUGGUGCCACAACAGCAGGACAGCCCUUCGAGCUCGGGGAUUCCGAUGUUUGGAUCUUUACUUGUGGAUAAAAAUUCGGCCACCCCGUAUUCGGAUGCGACACAGACGAAAAAGAACAACCCGAAUCACAUAAAACGGCCGAUGAACGCGUUCAUGGUUUGGUCACAGAUCGAACGCAGGAAGAUUUGCGAGGUCCAACCUGACAUGCACAAUGCCGAGAUCAGCAAACGACUUGGUAGACGUUGGAAAACGUUGGACGAGGCCGAGAGGAGACCGUUCAUCGAGGAGGCAGAGAGAUUAAGGCAAUUACACAUGAUGGAAUAUCCGGAUUACAAGUAUCGACCACGGAAAAAGACGACGAAGCCAGCCCCGGCGCCAAAAGCUAAAGAAUCCUCCGGUAAGAAACCGAGGAAAUCGUCUACUUCCUCAAAUUCCUCAUCUUCCUCCUCCUCGUCUAUCGGCGGUUCCUCGCCUUUAUCACAUUCGAAAUCGCGGAACGACACGAACAACAACACGCAGACGCCAUCGUUGAAGAGGUUGCAGGCUCAGCCGAGCACGAAGCCGGUUUCGAGGUUGAAGGUCAGGUUGGCCCUUGACAAGAGGCCUCUCGAUUAUACACCAGCGCCACCGAUCGUCACGGCUAAAGUACCAAGCAGUCCUUCCUGCGACACACCGGAUUCUCCCGAGUCUGCUAGCUUCUACGACGACAAUUAUCACGAUAACGGUCCAGCUGCAGUGGCAGCAGCGGCUGCGGCCGCAGCCGCGAUCGUCGGCGGUGGUUCACACGCCGGUUUACCACCCCCUUUACCACCUACCAGCUCGUUACUCGCCGCUAAGAUCAAGCAAGAGACCGCAUCGAUCAUGGAUAUGGAUUACAAGACAACAUCGACGACGAAUACCGCGACACCGACUACCAGCUAUACGAAGGACAGACUUUUAUCAUCCGUCAGAGGAGCCGGAUCCUUUUCUACCUCCUCCUCAUCGUCCUCUUCCUCCUCUUCAAAUAUCUCCUCGUCGUCCUCCUCCUCCCUCUCGACCUCCGACGUCGACAGUCUCGGCAGGAGCACCACGGUUAGAUCAUCCACACCGUGCCAUCUCGAUCAUCAUCAACAGCAACAGCAACAUCCCUUCUCCAUCAAAGAGGAACCCUUGGACCCGACUCUCGCCACGGCUACGACGACGAUUGGCACGAGUCUUACAUCUUCCUCAUCCACCUCCUCGACAUCCCCUACGAACAACUCCGGCGCCAUAAAACUCGAAGAAGUAUCCGGAAGUAAUCCCAGCCUCGCCGAUCUCUAUUCCCUAACCGAUCUCCUACAAAUACAACCGUCCGACUUCAAACUCGAUCUCGACAUGGAAACCAUUACCACCGAUCUGGACUCCUUCGAAACGGCCAGCUCGAGUAGCGGUUCGCACUUUGAAUUUUCUUGCACGCCCGACGUCACGGACAUGUUGUCGAACAUAGGCGUCAGUAACGAGUGGGUUAGCUUUUGAGUGAGCUACGACGACGACUACCUCUCGAUCAACGCGUCGAUCGAUUUUCUCCUUACGUCUCUUCAAACAUAUAUUUUCCUUAUCCGUCAACCGAGCGACUCGACGAUCUCGAUUUCUCCAAACUACGAGUCUCCUCGGAGCACCUUUCCAAAAAGCACAUUUAUCGAUCAACCGCAUAGCGCACCACCGCUAGCGUCCUUUCUCUCUCUCUCUCUCUCUCUUCUGUUUGUGCUCGUCAUCUUUUACGGUUUAAAGGGACAGGGACGGUUAAAGCGGCCGACACCAGACGUCGUUCUUUUACCAAACAUAUUUCAACUCGUUCUCAUGCUGCUUCGAGGCGGUUCGAAAAGAAGGAAGGAGUAAGGUAUACGGAGGAGGGGGCAGGAUUGGGGGAGGUACGCCUUAGGGACGACCGGAAACGGCCAUCGAGUAUGUGUAUAGAGAGGGUCUGGAAAAGAGGCACCAGCUGUGUUCUCCCUUUGCUCUUUCACUCCUUCCGGUACCCCUCUGAUUUAUCCUACAUAGUUCUCUCUCUUUCUCUUUUUCCUUACUUCAUCCGUGGAAUCCUUCGUACCCUCAUCGUCGUCGACCGAAUUUAAACCCACGGUCAGCUGAUCGCCAGCUGGUGCGGACUACUCGAAUUCCUUCUUUUCACGUCCCUCGAAGAAAACUAUCGUGAGAUCGAAAAGAGAGAGAGAGAGAGAGAGAGAAACAGAGAAAGAUAGAGAGAGAAAGUAAAGAUGAAAAAUAAGAUGCUAUCUUUCUCUCUUUUUCUAUUUUUCUCGUAAAUUAGAUCGAACAUCCGGCACGUUAGGUGGUGUUGCUCUUCCUAUAGUUCUCUCCUACUUUUUAUAUACAAUCAUCCUGAUUACUCGUCGACGCGAAGAUCACCGAAACUGCCGUCACCAAUACCACCAACACUAACUACCACCAUCUCCACAUCCCCCUCUGCUGCACCUCACCAUCGUUGUUGGUUACUCUUCUUAACGAGGAAACCUUCUUGAUCCCAAGAUGAUUAACUUCGACGUCUAUUAAGUUUUCAAGCCGAUAUUUUCUUUUGUUCUUAUUUUGUAUAUGUACUGUAGCAUAUUAGCGAUUAAGCUAGAACUUUUUUUUUCACGGUUUAUAUAUGAUUGCGGAUAGAGAAGUGUGUUUUUGUCAGGAGCCAACCGAGCAGCAAAACGAUCCUCGCGGCGAGGACGAUACGAUGAUGAUGAUAAUGAUGGUGAUGAUGAUAAUGAUGAUGAUGAUGAUGAUGAUGAUGAUGAUUACGAUGAUUACGAUGAUGAUUACGAUGAUUAUGAUGAUGAUAUGAUGAUGAUAUGAUGAUGAUUAUAUGAUGAUGAUUAUAUGAUGAUGAUGAUGAUAAUGAUGAUGAUAAUGAUGAUGAUGAUAAUGAUGAUGAUGAUAAGGACGGCGAAGACGACGACGAUGAUUCGUGAGCUUUUCUUUUUUACCAUGUAUUUUUUCUUAUUAUUUCUAACAGAUCAUUCGAUCAUUUUGUUCGUUUGCUUUUACUUUUACUAUAUCUUUUCUUUUCUUUCCUUUUUCUUUUGUUCUUUUUCUGUUCUUUUUUCCUUUUCUUCCCUAUUACCUUCAACAGUCGAAAGAUAGAAAAACAAAUAUGGUAGCGAGGGAAGGGGAAAGAAAGAAAAUAUAUAAAUCAAAUCGGUCCUCUUGUUUCCACGUUUCGCGGUGAUCGUCGCUCGGACGGCUCGAAUCCCCUUCCGUUGUGUAUAUCUCUUUUUUUCUUUUUUUUUUUUAGAUAUAUAUAUAAAUAAAUAUAUAUAUAUAUACAUACAUUUAGUAAUAUAUUAACUCUCUUAUACGUAGUGUGUAUAAAACGCCAAAACCGAGAAGGAGAACGGGCGAUUAUAUAUGUCGCUUACGACGGACUAAAAACUUUAUCAAACUUCGUCAUACGUUUUCUUCUUAUUCUUAUUAUUAUUAUUAAUAUUAUUAUUAUUAUUAUAUUAUUAUAUAUUAUUAUUAUAUAUUAUUAUAUUAUUAUAUUAUAUUAUAUUAUAUUAUUAUUUUAUUUUA